CCGCGGUCGCGCUCGGACGUGCCAGUGAGGAGAGUCAGUGAGAAAGAAAAGUGCCGAGAGAGUUUUGCAAUUGCAAAGUAGUAGUGCCGGUGCGUGCGUCGUUUGUUCACCCUUUCUGCACACCAUGAUCCUGCGGCUGAACGGAUAAGUUGCUGCAGAUGGCCACUGUGAGGCUGUUGGUGCUCGUGCUGGGCCUCCUCGGGCCCCACUGGCCCAACAAAGUCAGCGCGAAUUGGAUGUACCUUGGCGUUUCAGGCGUGUCGCCGUCGUCGUACCUGUAUCAGCAGCACCCGACUGUGGGCCCGCACAGUGCAGAGCCCGAAGACCCAAUGGGUCCGACGGCUGAGGCGCGGGCCCUUUGUUCCUCCCUGCCGGGAAUUUCGUCGCAGCAGGUCGAGGUCUGUCUUCAGCAGCCGGCCGUGAUGCAGGCCGUGGCCUCGGGGGCGGCCAGGGGCAUCGACGAGUGCCAGCACCAGUUCCGCAACGAGCGGUGGAACUGCUCGACGCAGAACGACGAGAACAAUUUGUUCGGAUCGACGCUUGAAAGAGGGAGCAAAGAGACCGCUUUCAUAUACGCGGUCACCAGCGCCGGAGUCGUGCACGCCGUGACCCAGGCCUGCAGCUCAGGGAACCUGACUGACUGCAGUUGCGACGCCAGCAAGCAGGGCCAGUCUACCCGCGAAGGCUGGAAAUGGGGUGGCUGCAGUGACAACAUGAAGUAUGGUGUCGGUUUCGCACGCAACUUUGUGGACGUGCUGGAAAAGCGCAAGCCGGGCAGCAUCCGCGCCAAGAUGAACCUGCACAACAACGCGGCAGGGCGGCAAGUGGUGUCCACCCUGAUGAAGAUGCAGUGCCGGUGCCACGGGGUGUCCGGCUCUUGCGAACUCAAAACCUGUUGGCAGACCAUGCCCUCGUUCAGCGAGGUCGGAGACUUGCUGAAGAACAAGUACCGCCUGGCUGUCCAGGUGAGACCGGUGGCUGCAAAGGCGAAGAAAAGGUUGCGCCGCAAAAGCAAGACCAAACGGGGAGGCCCUGUGAAUAAGGGUGACUUGGUGCACAUCCACAAGUCACCAAACUACUGCGUAGAGGACGCAGGCAAAGGGAUCCCGGGCACCGCUGGCCGCGUCUGCAAUAAAUCAUCAACAGGGCCCGACAGCUGUGACCUUCUCUGCUGCGGACGGGGCUACAACACUCAGGUGAAGAAGCACAUAGAAAGGUGUCAUUGCAAAUUUGUGUGGUGCUGCUACGUCAAGUGCAAGACCUGCGAGACCACAAUCGAUCUUCACACCUGCAAGUGAACACCACCUACCUAUGGAGCGUGAUUUGAUUGGCAUGUAAAUAAAAGGAAAAAAAAUCUGGAAAUUCAACCUCAAAAGUGCGCAGCUAUCAGUAAAUUUAAUCUCACCCAGCAUUAAAUAAAAACAAUUGGUUGGAAAUCCCUGCUGAUGAAAACAACUUCUUGAGGUUUCCAUCCUGAUAACAUUUUUGAUUAAUUAAAAAGUCAUUCUUCUUAGCAUUAGCUGUAAAUUAAGUAACAUAAAACAUACAUAAAUAUAUAAUGAAUAAUAAUAUGCUUGUAACAUCUAUUAAAUUAUUGAAAUUCACCUAGUAGAGCUACAUAUACUUAAUUAUAUCACUAUUUGUAAAUAUCACAUCUCUUUCAAUUAAGCAUAACUGACUGCUGAAUUUACAUUCAUGUUUUAGUUUAAACUCCAUUUUCUACAUGUCUUUUGAAAAUUAGCUCCUAAAACUCAAAUAUUCACAAUGCAAUGUAAGCGAAAAUUAAAUAAAUAUUUAGUGAUUGUAAAUUAUAUGUGUUGUAGAGAUUUGUACCUGUAACUGUCUUGUAAGUUGCUGUUUUCCCGGAUCGAUACAUUAACUAUUAAUCUAAAUAUUGUGAACACGAGAGAUGAUCUUUACAGAUUUCCAUCCAACUGAAUGUCCAUAUAUGUAUGUUAGGUUUAAAAAUUAUGCCAGCCAUUUACCAAUUAAAAUCAAUAUGUGUGUGGUUAGAAAUUUGAAAAUCUUUAAAUCUCUGGUAUUCAAAGUUUGUCCCCAAUUAUCAUUAAAAGCAAUCAAAAAAUUUCCAUCCAAAAUCUCAUAGCGUCGGGCAUGGUUUGCAAAAUUGUGCCAAGACCCUCUCGAUAAAUCUACAAUCUCAUUGCUUAUUGCAAAAUCAAUGUUCAAGUAGCUUUGAGUUUGACUGGAUAUAACUGGAUUAAAAAGGCAAUAAAUUACUAAAUAAAAAAA